AAUUUGAAACUCGUUAGAUGAGCGUUAAAGUGUGAGGAAUGUCGCAAAGUUGUGUUACUCGUGUAGUGUUGGUUGCUUUGCUAUCCCUGAGCAUCCUUGCAGGAACUAAUGCAGUAAUCUGGCCAUGUGCGUCCAGCGCUGAUUGUACAGCUGCCGAUUCAGUAUGCUCUUCAACGACAGCAAAUUGUGAAUGCAGCAAUUUUUCUUUCGUUUUCUCGAGUGACUUGACAACAUGUCUGAAGACGUCACUAAUUGGUGACCAAUGCGAGGACACAGUUCAGUGCAAUCUUAUGCCAUCGGGAGCCAGCUGUAAAUCCGGGGUCUGCGACUGCGCCGAUGGAUAUACAUACGUGAGUGGACGAUGUAGACUAUUGAAUGGCUUGGAUAGUAUAUGCGAAACGGAUGCCGAUUGUAUAUUUGGUUAUGACCGCGAAUCCGUCGCUUGCAGCGAUAAUGUAUGUAAAUGUGCUAACGGCUACUAUCACCGGAGUGGAAACAUAUGCCGUCGCAAAUCAAUGAAAAUUGGCGAUGCCUGUGUCGUGCAUACGGACUGUGAAGACUUGGGAACGAAUGUGCAGUGUAAUAGUUUAAGGUGUACAGAGGUAUCACAAAGCGAUUCCGAAUCAUCGAAAACCGUUUUAGACGUACGUACAUACACAUCCACACUCUCAGGCACAAAUACCAAUGCAGGCACGACCAGUACGAACAGCCAUACAAAAACCGAUAUUGGAAAUGAGAAAUCACCUUCCACAGACGGUACAUCACAAUUCUCGAAAUCAUCAUCAUCGUCCACAAGCGGCACUAGUAAAGACACAUUAGCGCUGGUGAACGGACGCAGUGAUUUGAAUGAUACAGACUCGGAACACGAAACGGAGCAGGUUGAGCAAGCGGAAGCGGCGCGUGCUGGCGACAAGCGAAAAUCACGUGAAAUCGCUGUACAAACCAGUAUCGAUGCGCUUGAGUUAAAACCAUUGGCACCGUUAGUGAAAAAUGUCGGUACCGGCACUACAUCGAGCACCAGCAGUCGGCGUAUCUCACGUUAUAGCAGACGCCGUCAAUCUGCAUUCCACUAUGAUGAUGAGGAUAAGACUUUCUCGACUAUAUCGAACACUGAUGACGAUGCGGAGGAUAAACAAUAUGGCAGCUCGUGCACAGAAAACGGCAAAGUGUGUGCCGGACUUCCACAUUCGAUUUGCUCACACAAUAUUUGCUUCUGCCGCUCUGGAUAUUAUCCAAAUAAUGGAAAGUGUUUUGCAGAGCUUGGUGAGAUAGCGGAGAGUGCCGACGAAUGUGAGCAUAUAUUCGACGAAUCAUCCAAGAAAUGUAUUUGCCAAAAUAAUUACUUCUACGAACGUAGUUUACGCUCUUGCCGAAAACCAAUCCAAUAUACUUUAUCAUGUACCUCGAACAGCCAAUGUAGUCCCUUCGGUGCGGCCUACUGCCCCACGGUAAUACCUAGACGUUGCACCUGUGAAGAAUAUGCAGAAUACGAUGAGCUGCGACAGAUUUGUGUCUACAAGCAGGGUUUGGGCGAAUAUUGUGAAUCGGACGAUGUCUGCGGCACAGUGGCCAAUGCGCUCUGUACGAAUAAUAGCUGUCAAUGUAAAGAGAAUUUCCUCGAAAGCAAUAAUACAUGUGUGCCAGGCGUUGGUGCUAAUUGCGACACGGAUGUUGAAUGUGGUGUAGAUAAUUCAGUUUGUGACUUCACCUCGCCGACCAGUGAGGAGAGAGAGAAAACUUGUCAGUGUAAAAAGGGAUAUGUACACUUUAAGGAUGAGUGCCUUAAGGAGGCUGAGGAACUUGAGGACGAUUGCAUAGAAACGGAACAAUGCAAACCUCUAUUGGGCACCUGCGUUGACAAAAAGUGUUCUUGCACAGCCGAGCAGCACUUUAAAUAUGGACUGUGUGUAGAGAAGAAAGCUCUAGCUGAGGCUUGUUCUCGUUCCACUGAGUGUUAUGUUGAGAAGGAACCGGAAAAUGUCGAAUGUCGCAACUCGGUUUGCCAGUGCAAAUUUGGCUAUCAAGCGGAUGAAGAACAAAAGACUUGCAUACGUGUGGUAGCCAGUACUAAAAAUUCUUCCGGAAGGCCAAGUGCUCUUAAAAUAAUUACAUUCCUACUGAUAGGAGCAGCUUUCUUAAUAACAAGUGCCGCAAUUAAACAGGCUUAUUACGAUUAAAUUUCAAUUAAGUUAGUUAUUUAUGUGUAAUGUCAAUUAGGAGUGUAAAUUAUUUACCUUAAAUCAUUUCGAAGCGCAACACAUAAAUUGAUAAACGUGCUUUAAAAACACUAUUUAACUGUUAUGCAUUCAUUCUUUAACACUCACACAUACAUACUCGUACAUAUAUACAUAUCUUUGCUAUUUAAGUAUUUAAUUGAUUUUUACGCUUUUUGCAAGAAUUUCUUCUGCAUACAUACAUACACCAGCCUUAAAAUAUUCGAAAUUUAUAAAAUU